AUGGUUAUUCUUCACAUAAAGAAAGGAGACGGAAGUCAGUUUCUUUACGAGACGACAUGUCAAGCUAAACUGUCGGAAUUAAUUCCUGAAUUAAUAGAAAUUUACAAUGGGCGGCUGAAAAUAGAACGACUAAAUUAUGGUGGGUUUAUUGUUGUUUUGGUAUAGGUUUAAGUGGAGACAAAUUACCGAUAAUAGUUUUGUGCUAAAGAGCGUGUGUUCUAAUAUCCUAGAGCUAGAGGAGUUAGGCAAACAUGGCAUAACUUUGCCUCCAAAUAUGCAAGGCUUGACUGAAGAUCAGAUCAAUGAUUUAAAACUACAUGACAGCUGGGCAGAAAAGUGUGUACCCAGUGGUGGUGUUAGAGAGGUCAAAGAUCCUAUGAGUAAAAGAAAUGGUCAAGGUAGGCUUAUUGCUUAAUGAAAAACUAACACCAAUUGUUAAAAAAGGGGUGCACCCCCCCAAAAAAAAACAACUCAAGCCCCACCUUGGAAAAAGUUAAAUAUGCCAACUAUUUGUUGCCAAAGUUUUCAUGGCUGACAGCAUCUUUCACGGAAGAGCCAUAGUGGUAAAACAAUCAUGCCUAUCCUCUCCCUGGAAAAUCUACGCAUCUGCCAGAUCAUACACAAGUUGCCCUGUUUAAAUAUUCCCAAAAUAUUAAAUAAUUUCCUACAACAAUUCAUAGUCACAUAUUGUCUGAAGCAAAUGAUAGCCUGGCUACCUUUAACUAAGAAUGGAUACUUCUUUUUAUUUCAGCUCCUUUAGAAAAUAUGAUCAAGAUGGUCAACAGAACAAGAAGCGAAGCUAUGGCAGAUAUAUCAAAGGUUCACUAAAACUAACUUUGUCAUAUACUGGUUUUAGAAGGGAAUUGCUCACAAACUAACCAAUGAAUUGACCUAAGAAACAAGGGCUCAUCCUUCUAUUAGUGUGUUGUUUGCUUUUGGUUUUUGGACAACAUACCAUAUGAGGUGUUGAAUGUGGUUGUCUAGAUCUGUCUGACUUAAAAAGAUGCAUGUAAUCAAUUGAAUAUUCUUUAAACUAUAGGAAAAUGUCACAGCCAAGAGAUGUCUAACACAAGCUACAAUAAAAGAUGCAUUGGAUAAAUUACGUGGUGCAGUCAUGAUCGUCUAUCCAAUGGGAUUACCUCCUCAUGAUCCCAUCAAACAAGAAUUUGAGGAUACAGAAGACCUUUCUGGUACACAGGUAUUAAUGGCAAUGACUGGAAAGACCCCCCCCCCUGGUAAAAGGUCCUUGUUCACCCCAGCCCCCUGCUACAAUGUCCUUUGUUCAUCCCUGGCUUAAAGAUCUUUCAAUUCCCCUUUAUCCUCAACCUUGAUUUUCAUGUAUAUUUUUAUUAGGCAUCACUCCAGGUCUUAGACAACAAAACAGGUCAGUUAUGGUGGGCUGGAAAAGAACUAUUGAGAGCAAAAAAACUUGAAGAUUACAUUGGAAAGAAUGAGAAAACUAAAAUUGUUGCUAAACUUCAAAAGGUACUGGAAAGGUUGAAUGUGUGCAAAGAUGAAGGGGGAUCGUCCCACUCCAGAUGUAUAUGGAUCUCACUUGGUGCAUCCCUAAUAUGAAAUUCAUGCAUGGUUAACCCCCCCCAGAAUCUCUCUAACCCCUCAAAUAAAGUGUUCAACCCUCCUAUUUUGUGUGAAAAGCUUUAACCCAAACGCCUAACCCCUGCCGAAGCUCACUGAGUGGUGCCGCUUGCACCCCACCAGAAAUUUUUCUACCCCUGCUUUUACAGGAAUAACAAUCCACCCUUGAAUUCAUGGGGAAUAAAUUAUGCAAAUAUUUGGUCAAUAUUUGUUGCAGAAAGGUCAAGGUGUGCCAAGCAGGGAACCAGUGUUUACUGAAGAAGACAAAAAACAUAUGAUGUCCUAUGCUUAUAAGAAACAAGAAGAGAUGAAGGUCUGUAGUACAUUUCAAACAUGUCUUGCAUUAUGGGAUUAAGAAUACCUCUAGAGAGAGCAGGCUGAUUUCUGUACAAUUCUAAAACCAAGUAAGUCAAACUAUGAUCCAUACAUAAUUAAAAAUUGUUAUUGCCCAUUUCAUUAUAGAAACUCGAAACAGAUGAUGAUGUAUCGUAUAUGAAUUCAUCCUGGGCUGAUACACAAUCUUUAAAGCGACAGUUUCAAGGAGUUCGAGAUGUUAAAUGGAGACCAUGA